AUGCAAAAUACCCAGGGUGAGUUGGGCCCGCAACCUGUCGAGGCCGCUCCAUCGUCAUCGCAGACAGAUUUGAUCGAGAAGCAAGUUCACGACAGAAACCAUUCGAUUGACAAGGAGAGUACACUGGUUGAAUCUAUACGAAAUGCAACUCCACCAAGAGUCCUAGAUGAAGCAGAAGCGCAAGAGUCAAGAGAUAGGGAUAUUAAAAUGCAGAUUCUAGGGGACAGAGAGAUGAAUGAGAGAGAGCUACAAGGGGAGGAAGAAAAAACAGAAGUGGAAUACCCCGGUUUAUGGAGACUGAUACUGAUUACUGUUGGCUUAUGUCUCGCGAUCCUUUGUUUGUCGUUGGAUAACACCAUCAUCACCACGGCAAUCCCCAAAAUAACAGAGCAGUUCAACUCCUUGGAAGAUGUUGGCUGGUAUGGAAGCGCUUACAUGCUCACAACGUGUGUCUUUACGCUGUCAUUCGGCAAGCUCUACACGUAUUACUCCACCAAAUUGGUCUUCCUGAUCGGUCUAUUUAUCUUCGAGAUAGGUUCCUUGAUCUGUGGCAUCGCCCCUAACUCGGUAGCGUUGAUCAUUGGACGUGCUGUGGCCGGUAUGGGAGCCGCUGGGCUAUACUCGGGAGCCAUCUUGAUCAUCGCCCAGACAGUGCCACUGAACAAGCGACCACUGUACACAGGCGCACUCGGAGGUGUAUUUGGUAUCGCCAGCGUAGUUGGGCCCCUGAUGGGCGGAGCCUUCACCGAUCACCUCACCUGGCGAUGGUGCUUCUACAUCAACCUGCCCCUGGGUGGACUGACUUUUCUUUUCGUCCUUCUGUUGUUCAAGGCGCCCAAGCCGGUCAAGGCUCGAUCGACUCUGAAAAACCAAAUACUAGAGUUGGACUUGCUUAGCAUGAUAUUCUUCUUCCCAGCUGUUGUCUGUCUACUACUCGCGCUGCAAUGGGGAGGUAGCCAGUAUGCCUGGUCCGAUGGUCGUAUCAUCGCUCUGUUCGUUCUCUUCGGAGUACUCAUCAUUAUGUUCAUCGGCAUGCAGGGGUGGCAGGGAGAUAGGGCUACAGUCCCUCCUAGAUUGCUGAAGAACCGCAAUGUUUCGGGUGCCAUAGUAUUCAGCUUCUGCUUAUUUGGAGCUUUCCUCGCGGCGAUAUACUACAUCCCGAUAUGGUUCCAGGCCGUGAAAGGCGUUUCCGCAACCAAGUCCGGUAUCAUGAAUCUCCCAAUGGUUUUAGGUGUGACCAUUAUGUCGCUAAUUGCGGGGGUUCUCACCACCGUAUUCGGCUACUACACGCCGUUCAUGCUUUUAUCGCCCGUGAUCGUCACCAUCGGUGCCGGAAUGCUCACCACCUUCAAAGUGGACUCGGGUUCCCCAGCCUGGAUCGGAUACCAGGCUUUAUUCGGCCUUGGAGUGGGCAUGGGAUCACAACAGCCUAUAAUCCUCUACCAGACGGUGCUAUCGCCGGUAGACGUGCCCACCGCGACGGCCAUGGGGAUGUUCACGCAGACCCUGGGCGGCGCCCUCUUUGUCUCCGUUGCGCAGAAUAUCUUCAAUAACCAACUUCGGGGGAACAUGGCGACCCUGGCGCCUCACGUGGACGUCGAGAAGGUGGUCCAAGCUGGAGCUACCAUGCUGCGACAUGUGGUCUCGGAGGUGGAUCUCCCGGGGGUUUUGCAGGCAUACAGCGAAUCCAUUACGCGGACAUUCUUUAUUGCCGUUGCAAUGGGAGUGAUGGCGCUCUUUGCGGCGCUUCCUAUCCAGUGGGUUUCGGUGAGGGGCAAAAAGAUCGAAAUGGGUGCUGUUUAA